GUCCUCGUGCCACGUGGCGGAGGGACUGACCAAGUACGCCGGAGGGGCAAGGAUUUGGCUCAAAAGAGAAGAUCUCAACCACACCGGAGCACACAAAAUCAACAACGCCAUUGGACAAGCCCUCAUUGCCAAGCGUAUAGGUAGGCGUGUUUAG